AUGUGUCCCAUGGUUAAUUUAUUUGUUUCUGUGCCAAAGGAUAUUGAACGCAUUGACAAAUUGUAUUCUCAGUUCAAUAACACAACUAACCAAAGGUGUCACGCAGCGAAUGACCGUCAUCCCUCAUUCCUUCCAGCGAACAAGCACGAGCAGCAUCCGUUCCCCGUGAUGGUCUACAUCCACGGCGAGUCCUACGAGUGGAACAGCGGGAACCCCUACGACGGAUCCGUCCUCGCUGCCAGCGGCCGCGUCGUCGUCGUCACCGUCAACUACAGAUUGGGAGUUUUAGGUGAUAUAAAGCCCGAUCCUCACCAGCGAUCCAUCACCAACUACGGCCUCAUGGACCAGAUCGCGGCGCUGCACUGGCUCAAGGAGAACAUCGCAGAGUUCGGAGGAGAUCCUGACAACGUGACGAUGUUCGGCCACGGGACCGGGGCAGCUUGCAUCAACUUCCUCAUGAUCUCUCCUCCCGCACCAGAUCCUAAAUUGUUCCACCGUGCUAUAUUGAUGAGCGGCUCGUCGUUGGCACCCUGGGCACUCGUCAGCGACCCAUUCAAGAACACGCGACGCAUCGCCCAGGCACUCAACUGCUCGGACGUGCCGCUUGGGGACGAGCUCAAGAAAUGCCUGAGAGUGAAAAACUUACACCAGAUCAUGCAGGCGCAGUCCGAGGUAAUGUAA